UUGAAAGUUUUGAUUUAAAAAAAUCAUUUUGGAGCUCAGAAAUGUUUUGGCAGAAAUGUAUUCCUUUUUUUCCUUUUGUUCAGUGAUUUAGAAAGGAAGUAGAUUCCUUUCUAUCUACAAAAUCCCUAAUACACAGUCAUAAAUGUCCAUAUUAACAGUACAAGAAAGAAUGUGAAACUGCUAUUUUCCACUAUUAUGACAAUUUCAGCAUUUCAUGGCGUUGCUGCAACAGACAACCAUGCAUCUUUCUUCAGAUUUUUUACAUAGCUAAGGUUCCUUUAUGUAAAGUUUAUAUCUAGAGAUAUUGCAUAAAUUUACACUUACUUGGAAGUCUGCCUUAUCGAUUGGAAAACUUACAAACUAUUGUUUAUUUAUUAGCUUUAUUAUUAAUUUCUUGGCUUUAUGUUUUGCACGUUUUUUCAGUCAAAUAUGACAUAAUGUAUGUAUUGAUCAUGGUUGCUGAAAGGAAAAAGAACCUUUAGAAAACUAAUUUUAUGUAAAGUAAAAGGGAGUUUCCAGCCUGUGUGAGCAGACUGUUGAACACUAGACUCUUUGUUGUGUCCCUGUUAUGAGUCAGAGGGCAAUCAGGAUCAUGGGAGAAUCACUUCAGGACUUUCAUGAGACUUGCUAAUAAACUUGGCUUUGUAUUCUUUUGGAUGUCUGAGUCUAUUACUUCACCUUUAAACCCCGCUGACAGGCCAGAGAUUCCAGAUGUGAAAACAACUUUGUCUUUUAGCUGACUCCAUCCAAAACCAAAAGGGAGUAUUCAAACCUCCUCGUCUUUCGCACAUGUUGUCACGUUACAUCCGCAAAGUUACGAGUGUUUUACGUGUGGGUUGGACUCUCUGGUACUCGACAGGUUGGAGUUUUUACCUGAAAAACAGGGAUUCUUUGACUCAGCAGGUAACUUCUCAUUGGAGCCAAUAAGGUUCCAUCUUGGGGCCCUUGUUGUUUCACAUGUGCACGACUAUAAUAAGUAGUAAGGUAAGUUACUAUAAUUGAUACGGAGCUCUACUUUACAAUGUCACCAAGUGAAUAUGAGUAAAUGCACUGAAUAAAUUAAUGUGUUAAAGACAAAUUGGAUUGUUGAUGCUGUAACAUUAAAGAACUGCGACAUAUCAAACAGCUCAGUUGUACAGCGCUUUUAUACAAUCAUCUUGAAAAUGUUAUGAUGGCACAAUAUUUGCCUGAGUGCUCAGUUUCUCCCAUCCCUUCAUCACUGGUGGAUGACGAUGUGCUCAAACCUCGCCCCCCCUGCCCCCUUUGAGGAUCACCACGGUCGCUAAGCAACGUAUGAAACACUUUACAUUUUAUUGUGAUUAAAGGUCUGCACAUGUUGCAACUGGCCCUAGUAUCAUCUUCUCUUCCUUCCUUCCUUUCUUUGUGUGUGAGAAAUGUAACCAUACUUUGGAGCGCUUCUGCCGCGACGCCAUCUUGGAUAUUUUGUAAGUCAAAAUCCUUACAAUAUAUUUUCCUUCCACUUCCCUCGUACUAGUUUAUAAUCGGAGGCAGCAGCUGACGCUUUAUGUGGAGAACUUUAGCAGGUAGAAACUUUAACCUGUCAAUUUAAUUAUACAACUUGGUUUAUGGGUUCACAAUCUAGGCUGAUACGUUAAAUGGUCAGAAAGAACGUUAAAAUAUAGUUUUAAGGCGCAGUUUAUGUUUCUAUGGUAACAGAGCUAAGUAGACCACGUGACAGUGGAGGCGUCAACCUUCCACCCAUAGACAUGAAUGCGCUUCCACCGGCUGUUCCCAGGAGGGCGCUCGGUAAACAAGUCUUGUCUAAUACGCAUGCGUGAUAAGGUUUGUGGAAAGGAGGGCUACGUCGUAAUGGAUUGUGACGUGAACAAUUGUCAAAGGCAAAUGCGACCUAUUGUUUAGUUUUAAGUUAAACGUCAUUCCAAAAAGAGAAGCCGUAGUGAGUAGGUCGUCAUAUCUUUACAGAAAACAUUAAAAUAAUAAUAAUAGUAAUAAUAAUAUUAGUAAAAACUUUGAAAAAUGGCCGAGUCCAACAAGCAAGAGAAAAGAAACAUCCACAUUUCCAUCGACAAUUUGGAGGACAUCAUACUACCUCGUUUAAACACACUGUCACCAGCACAGUGGACCUUGCUUUCACAGGGCUUAAGGGAUUCACAUAUAACCGGCGUUAUGUCUGACAUACUUAACAACAUUUUCCAGCACUGUGUGGAAAAUUCAUUGACACUCCUGGUGCCAGUAAUGGAGGAAAGCAUUGUGCCGGGCAUGAAGAGCGAAAUUCCGGAUGAAGACAUCAGCGUGCAUUUGACCAACAUGAUUUCCACAGAAAUGGCCACCGUCCUGGAGGUGCCACCAGAGGUCUGUGACCAUGGCGUGGAGCUAAACUCGUUGAUGGAGCAGGAGGUCUCUGAAAAAGUAACGUCCAUCACAAACGGCAUCAAAGAAACCUCUAGUAUUCCUCAAUCACCUGCGGUAUUUGCGAGUGGCUGCAUUUCUAACCUGAAAAAUUUAAACAAAAUGGUUUCCAACACAUCUCAGUGUCUCCGAGACCAUAUAAACAUAGUCAGGUCGAAAUGCGCCGAACGAUACUGGUGUGCCUUUACAAAAAAGCGAAUCUCAGGCGGACCUGCAACCGAGUCAGAAAUUGCUUUUGACCUUUCAGAGAAAAGCGUUUCUGCUGAUGUAAGAUCCAUCUUUUCUGUGGCCUCCGUCUGUGAGAGCGUCACUGAAAUAUUAGAGAAAUAUUCAGACGAAUCAGGCGCCAGCAAUGGGGCAGGCGAUGACACAGGGUUUUCUCUGUCAACGGAUAGUUUCGAAGUGAAUGAAGUUGCAGACGGAAUCAGCAAAACAAUUAUCGACGACCUUCACUACUGUAAGGCUGAGGGUUCGGCUGCACCGGUCGGUCCACACUGUCCAUGUGCACCUCAUUUCAACUUGAAGAAUAUUGUAGGUGACAUCAAGAACCUUUUCCUGUCAAAGGGCAAAGCUGAUCGUGCUGGAAAAAAAGAAAUAGUCAGAAAACCAGAGUUUUCCAGAUUUGCCAGUGACCAGUUCACCCGCAUGGUGUCGUCUUUGGAGACCUCGGUCAAGGAUUCGAGUGAGACCAAUGUGGUGAAACUGAAGCGUGGCGCAGGUAGCCCAACCAAACUGAUGUUCUUUGGCGCUUUGUCAGAUGAGGAGAGGGUGAAACUACUUGACCACGCCGAGACGGACCGAAUCCCUAAACUGGAUUUUCAGUCCAUCAAACCUCAAAUUGAGAGGCUGUGUGCAGAAUUCAUGGAAAACCCCCAGCUAAAGGACAAGAUCAAACAGUUUGAAAUAGAACUGUCAGAAAAAAUAUAUACCGAUAUCAUGAGGAGCUAUUAUAAUACACUUCCUGUUCCUCCAAAAAUUCCUUCAGAUUCCGUCCUCUCCGACGAGAAAAUAAGCGACAUAUCCGGCCAGACAGUGAUUUGCCCUGAGGUUUUCUGCGCCAGAAUAGAAGACGAAGUGAGGAGAUUUAUCCAGAACAUCUUUCUCUGGAUCAAAAACGAGGAAACAAAUCGCAUAAGUGAGACCGACAGGAUGUCCAACGCAAUCUCGGAGAUCAAUGAUCUAGUUGGACAAAUAUACAACACGUCGAACCAACUCCCAAGACCCAUGUGUCCAGAACCCUGUGAGGCAGAAGAGGAAAGGGACUUCGCCGCAGCCGUCCCAAGUGAAGUGAAAGAGCAGCCUCAAUCUCAACUUCCUUUAAAAACGUACGCUGACUCCUUGAUUCAGACAGAGCAGAGUCUCACUGAGGCGUCACUGAGCGAUCUGUUUGCAUCAUCAGAUAUUAGAAAUAUGUCAAUUGGCGAGGCAAUCCGUAAAUUGCAGGGGCAGAAAACUGAAACCCCAGAGCAGAGGAUGAUCGAACUAGAGGAAGGCAUGGCGUGCUUCGUGAUGAGGACAGUGUUAAGCUGUUCCGAGGAAAACGGUGGGCCCUUGAAGUCCACUGACAUGAAGAAAAUCUUGUAUUACCUGUCCGGGGAGGAGGUAGAGGACAUCGCAGACUUUGCCAUCAGCAAAGACAAUGAAAACAUUAAACAUUUUGUUCAAGACCUCUACAGCAAUCUGAAAAGCCAGUUUGGUUCUACUGAAGACGUGUGGAGGGCCGCAACACAGCACGGCGGUCGUCCUUUUAAGGGUGCCGUGAUAUCAUAUUUAAAAAGCUACGUUCAAUCCACACCCCCAAAAGGUCCAGUUCACAAGUUCUUUUCGGCAGUCACAAAACCUUUCAAGAGCUUCUACGGAAAAUAGAGAGGCUCUUCUACCUGCCAGUAGCGGGCAGACCACAAUCCCAGUUAACAUUGUGGUUUACUGGGAUUAACCAGUUAACCACAACUGGUUAACUUUACAUCUUUUUCUCAAUGUAAAAAGAGCUAACAUCACUUUUUACAUUGAGAAAUAAUUUGGCUUUUGAUGACAUAGACUAAACAAAAUUCUGGAAUAAAUGCUCAUAAACCCAUUAUUUAUUUCAUAUUUUAGGUCUGGGCAUCAAAAUUAAAACCCACAGACUGGCCCUUUUAUAUCUGGAGUCUCACAGUUCCUGUUUUCUAAUUGGAUAUUCUAAAUGUUCCCCUGUGACAGAAAGGUCAACUCUGAAAAGAAUGGCCGCCGCUUGUACACCUGGGGUUUUGAACUUUAGGUUUUCACCGGGUUCUCCGGUUUUUCCUUUUAAAAACCAUUCGUGUAAUCUGAUUGGAUAUUCAAAAUGUUCCCCAGUAACUCUGAAUUCUGGGAUCUAUAUCCCACAUAUACUGUAGAUCCCAGAAAUAGGGAAAUAAAAUCAGCAAAUAAUCCAGCGCAAAUUUUGUAAUG